CUUGUUCCUUGGUGCUGAUGCAGCCAGCCAGAAGCGUCUAACCGGACACCGCCUGCGCUAUAGACACACUGAAAAGAGCUUUCUAGAUCCGGCUUGUGCCCGUGCUGCGGUGUGGCUGCACUGUGCAAAAAGACUGAGCUCUUUGAGGUGUACAGAAUACUGAUGUUUUGACAGCCUGAAGGCUUGCUGAGGUCCAAGCCACUGCCAUGGCGGUGUAUCACAAUUCCUUGGGCACGGCAAAUCCUGUGUUUGAAACGUGGUCCACAGCAUCAGUGGAGCGGGAUGACCAGCAUUUGCUGGACUCUGUGACUGAGGAAAAUGGCACUGCAGAGAGGUGUUACCUUUCGCACUCUCGCAGCAGUGUGCUUCAGGGGUUGCCCUUCGGUGGAGUGCCAACUGUCCUCGCAAUCAACUUUACCCUCUGGCUGUUCCUCCUGCUGUUUUUCUCCUGCGUGCGGAAGGCUGCAUGGGAUUACGGGCGUCUGGCACUGCUGAUGGAGAAUGACAGCCUAACAUCACUUUUCUAUGGAGAGCAAAGUGAGAAAGAGAAAUCUCCUUCAGAAACCAGUCCCUCAGACUCUGAGAUCAAAGACAUGGGUUUCUGCUCCUGGCUCACGUCACUCUACCACAUGAAGGACGAAGAGAUUCGUAGUAAGUGUGGCAUUGAUGCAGUUACGUACCUGGCAUUUCAGCGCCACAUCAUCCUUCUCAUGGCUGUAGUGUGUCUGCUUUCUCUAAGUGUUAUCCUGCCUGUCAACCUCUCUGGGAGCCUUCUGGAGGACAGCCCUAAGAAUUUUGGUCGGACAACUGUGGCCAACAUCGCAGCACAGAACAGUUUCCUGUGGAUACACAGCAUCUUUGCGCUACUCUACUUUGUAAUUACUGUACUCUGUAUGGUGCACCACUCCUCACAGCUAGAAUACAAAGAGGAUGAGAAGGUGGCCAGAACUUUAAUGAUCACCAACAUUCCCAGAGAGAUUUCUGACCCUGGCCUGAUUACUAAACACCUUCACGAAGCGUACCCAAGCUGUACAGUCACAGAUAUCUGCUUCUGUUUCAAUGUACAAAAGUUGAUGAAGCUGGACUCUGAGAGGCGAAAAGCAAUGAAGGGGAGGAUGUAUUUCACUACCAAAUCACAGAAGGAAGGGAGGAUCAUGAUAAAGACGCAUCCCUGUGCUCAGAUCUUCUGCUGUGAUAUAUGUGGCUUUGAACAGAUUGAUGCUGAGCAGUAUUAUAGCGAAUUGGAGGAGAAGCUCACAGAUGAGUUCAAUGCAGAAAGGAAUCGUAUUACUAUGAAAAGACUGGGCAUUGCCUUUGUCACAUUCAGAGAUGAGAGGAUGACAGCUGUCAUUGUGCAGGACUACAGAAGGGCACGCUGCCGUCGGAAACCGCAACAGUCCAGCAUCACUACAGUCGUGCACUCGCACCAGUGGGGUGUCCGCUAUGCCCCUGCCCCCAAUGACAUCAUCUGGGAGAACCUGUCCGUGAGCGGCUCCCGAUGGUGGCUUCGAUGUGUUUUGCUUAAUAUCCUACUCUUCCUCCUGCUUUUCUUUCUCACCACUCCUGCUAUUAUUGUUAACACUAUGGACAAGUUCAACGUGACUUGGCCUGUGGAAAGCCUCCAGAAUCCAGUUAUCACCCAGUUCUUCCCCACUUUGCUCCUAUGGGCUUUCUCCGUUCUGCUCCCCUUUGUUGUGUAUUACUCUGCCUUCUUUGAGUAUCACUGGACCAGGUCCAGUGAAAAUCAGAUCACCAUGCACAAGUGCUUUCUACUGCUGGUCUUUAUGGUCAUUAUUCUGCCAUCCCUUGGUCUGUCCAGUUUGGAUUUUUUCUUCAGGUGGCUCUUUGACAUUCACUUCCUGGAUCAAAAGGAUGUAAAGUUCCAAUGUGUGUUCUUGCCGGAUAAUGGAGCUUUCUUUGUGAAUUAUGUCAUCACAUCGAGUCUGAUUGGGACGGCGAUGGAGCUGCUGCGGAUUCCUUCACUACUGGUUUACUCUCUGCGUCUUUGUUUUGCAAAAUCCAAAGCUGAACGCAUCCAUGUUAAAAGAAGUCAAGCCUAUGAGUUCCAGUUUGGGUUAGAGUAUGCCUGGACUAUGUGCAUAUUUUCUGUCAGUAUGACCUACAGCAUCACCUGCCCCAUCAUUGUCCCCUUUGGGCUGUUGUAUCUGAUUCUGAAGCACAUGGUUGACCGUUAUAACAUAUACUAUGCCUACAUUCCUACCAAGUUAAAUCAGCACAUCCACUCAGCAGCUACCAGGCACGUGCUCGUGGCACCACUUCUCUGCAUGUUCUGGCUUCUCUUCUUCUCUGUGCUCCGACUUGGUCCAGUGCGGCCCAUCACUCUGUUCACGUUCAUCUCUGUACUUUUGUGUGUCAUCUUUUCAUUUUUUGGAAUCUGUCUGAAAAAACUACAGCCAGACAGAUCAACAAGUUAUCAGAUGUCUGAUACAGCCACAGAAGGAGCCUACAGUGAUAUAGAGAGAAACACUGCAUCCACCACGACUACUGCUAAUCUCUUCAUAGCAUCGGUCUUACUGGAACCAGAGCUGGGUCUGACACCCAUGCCCUCUCCUGCCCACCAGAGUUAUGGCACCAUGGGUAACUGCCACACUUCGGUGCACGAUGAAGAGGAGGCACCUGAGAAAGAUGUGGAAGAGACAGUGGAGACGGAGCUUGAGGACACACCAAGACCCGCUGGCUCCAGCUCUUUGAUGGACAGCCCAGUGGACUACCAGUGACACCCACUCACCUCUACCAGCAAAUUAAAAGCCCCCUGCCUCACCUUAACAUGAGGCUGUUACUGAGGCACAUGCUGCAUACAUAUUGUUUCCUUCCAAACAUUUCAGAAGUGGAUCCGGCACAAUUUGUGCCCACUCAGUCUCUCCCUGUCUCUCUCUCUUAUUAUCUCUGUCUCUUUCUCUUGCAGUCUUUUUGGUCUCUGUAGUCUUUUUCUGUUUUCCUUGAGCCUUUCUUGAGACUGAUGACGUCGGGCAUCAUUGCUGACAGAAGUACAGAAAGUUGGACCCUGUGCUUAUGGAGGUGCUUUUCCUUGCCUCUGCUGAUUUCUAAGGUCAUGUCUUCUAGUGUUUUUCUGUGCUUGUUCUGUGCAGCUCCCAAAAACUUGACCCUGUGCUCUUCUGUUUAGGCAGGAUGUCUGUAAAUUUGGACAUGGAUGGAAUAUAUUUAUACUUGUUUUGUGCUAGUUGCUUAUUACUCAUUUUCAUUUUAAAAUUAUAUAAAUAUAAGGGUGUUUUUUUCUAUUAUGGGUUUAUAUAAAGAUGUACAGUAUUACUUUUCACUGAAGGAAUUAUUGUGUUUUAUUAAUAUUAUUUUCAUUGUAAUUUUUUUUUUUGGUAACUGUAAUUUGGAGAUUUGUACGCAAUUAAUCCUUAUCUUUUUUUCAUUGCAUCAAGAGAGCAAAUACCAUCUUCAUCAAUCCUCAAACUGCUAAAUUUAUGGGUUUUUUAAAUUUCCUCCAUAUUCAUGUUUGUAGUCCAAAAUGGAGCAGAUGCCACAAUGAUCUCUGCAAUGCAAAUGCUUUGCAGAUGCAUUUAGCUGUAGCGAGACAGAGAAUUUAGGAAUAUACAGUUAUAGAAAUAAAAAUUAAAAAGUCAGUCAAAAAGAAAAAUCCCAAACUGUUUAUUUACAAUAGAAGUAAAUUUUCGCACCAUAUAAUUAAAUAGACAUGAAUUUUAAAGUGAACUCUAAGAGUAACAAACAUUACAGGCAUUGAUAUAAAUAUUGCCUUCAUGCAUCAUUGUCUAGAGAAUUCAACACCACGUUCCUUUUUUUUUUUUUUUACAAUGUAUCUGUUUUGUUGCAGCAUUCUCAGUCUCUUAAGGCAAAGUGUUGUUGCAGCACCUAUAAUGUUCUUUGUAAGUUUUGUAUUAUUCUCUUUGCUGCUAGUGGUUAUUUGUGUGGUUGAGAGAGGGGCUUGGGUUUGCGGGGGGGCCAGGGUCUUGCCGAAUUAAAUGCAAAUUAAUGCCUGUUUUGUGCUCUCUUGCUGUGCCUUGAAGAAAGAUUAGAAAAAAAAAACAUUAUUUAUUAUUAUUUUUUUUUUUAAAGACUGACAAUCCAGCAUGGCCUGUGAUAUGCUGCAUGGACUGGUGACAACUGAGCAGGAGAUGACAAAGUGCCAAAAAAAAAAAGUCCAGUAGGUACUUAAUUUACAUAGUUGCAUACAAAUGCUCACCUUAGAACCUAAAAAAGGAAAACAUAAAGUUUCCCAUAAAGCACAACAUCCAUUUUCACAUUAACAUUCAUCUAGUUCUCUUUGAUUCCUAUUUAAUUAAACACCUUGAUAGAUGCAAACCGAAUAUUAAUUAGAUUUUUUUUUAAUCACUUUGUGCUGACUGUAUUUGCUAGCAUCCAGCUUGUAGAACUUGUUUUGUUUACCCAGUUAAGGUUUGUGGGUUGUGAGGUUUCUGUGUAUGACAGGGAGCACAUUGCUGAGUGAGCUGCUGUAUCGUAUCUCACUGCACUAUAGCAGAAUACAAUAAAAUAAAGCUGCAAAAAACA